AUGAUGAAACAAACAUUCAAAAUAAAAGUGACCCUGAAGGUCAAGCAGAGAAGCUCCUCGGUCUUAAUUUAUGACCAACACAAAUUUAAUAGUAUAGACCCGAUGACGUACGCCUUCGUCAUCACCAUCUUCAUCGACAGCAUGACAUCAAUGUUCAACACCGAUGCUUUACUGUCGUACAAACAUGAUGUAUUUGAAAACCUUAUUGUGGAGAAAAGAGUAAAGGUGGAUGGGGAAGGAACUUAA